UAUAAAAUUAAUCUUAAUUUCAUUGUUCACUAUUUAUUGCGACUUGAUUUUCUUACUUAUCCUAAAGUAUAAAAUAUCGUUGACAAUGUCUGGUAAACGUAAUACUUAAGAUGUCCGAGAAGUCGGAAGAAAUCAAUACAAUUGAAUUUGAUCCUAUUCUACCUGAUUGUGGUAUUUUGUUCUACGAAGAAUGCCCAACUGAGUACGAGAUACAGCGGCCUAUAUUACUGCCUUUAAAAUCUACAACGCAACUACGUUUCGAACAACUACAACAAGAAGCAGCAAGAGUUCGAAGGGACACAAAUAAAAGUGCUAAGCAAGCCCCAUGAAUUGGAUUUAAGAUAAUUUAAUAAAUAGCUAACACAAUGGCUUACACACUGUUCGUUAUAGAAAUUAUAUCGGCAUUCAUUUUAGCUGCUACAUUACUAUAUAGAUAUGGAGAUUGCUACAGGAAUCACAUUCUUGUCACAGUAUCAGUCCUCAUUGCCUGGACCUUUUCAUUUGUUAUUAUGUUUAUACUACCCCUUGAUGUGUCAUCGACUGUUUACCGGCAAUGCCUUCAAGAAGACAACUCAACAAGCCCUCUUGUAGUCCAAGCCAAUGUAUCCAGCACUGAAUCUCCAGUGCCAGGACAUUGUCAGAAGCCAUGGAGUUAUGUACCAGACUCUGUAUUCCCGAACCUCUGGAGAGUUGUAUAUUGGACAUCGCAAUGUUUGACUUGGCUUAUUAUGCCAAUGAUGCAGUCAUAUAGCAAAGCUGGUGACUUCACUGUGAAAGGCAAAUUGAAAUCUGCAUUAGUUGAUAAUGCAAUUUAUUAUGGAUCAUACUUGCUUAUUUGUGGAAUACUUCUAAUAUACAUUGCCUUAAAACCUGGUGUAUAUUUAGAUGGACCUAAAAUAAAAGCUAUAGCAUCAUCGGCAAGUAAUACAUGGGGUCUGUUUCUAUUGAUUUUGUUACUUGGUUAUGCAUUAGUUGAGGUGCCAAGAAAUCUGUGGAAUAACUCGAAAAAGAAUUACACACUUACAUACAGUUAUUUCAAAAUAGCUAAACUUAGUACAGAUAAAUGUGAAGCUGAAGAAACUGUGGAUGAUAUAUUGGAUUCGUUAAAUUCGGUAAUAGCUGCAGUCGGACCGGGUCAUCCGUUACACCGUCAUGUAGAGACAAUAGUACAGAAGUUACCUAUACAACUGAGGGACAGGCUCAAUUCAAGAGUAGCUCCAGAGAGACCCACACCACCCUCUUUUAAGUCUCUUGUCAAUUUGCAUAAAAAGACGAUCAAAGCACUGCAUGUUCUGCAACGCACGGAGACACAAUGGGGUCUGAUGCUGGAGCGUAUCCUGCACUUGGAGGAUGUGGCGAGCAACUCUCGCGCGCCCGACCGCCGCUUCCAGCACACCUUCCACACACCACGGCCCCGUCUGCAAAGGAUCUUGUACCCUCCCAUACUCGAGUGGUAUUGGGAGUGCCUUCUGAGGCCAUAUUUCCUGAAGUCAUUGGCGGUUGUGACGGGACUGCUGUCUGUGGCUGUGGUAUGGUCGGAGGUCACCUUCUUCUGCAAGAAGCCAGUGCUCUCGAUCUUUGCCAACAUUGUAAUAGCCGCUAAGGAUACAUACAAUUAUGCUGCUAUUGUGUCGGUGUCAACACUGAUAAUCGGGUACAUGUUCUACUGCGCGUACUCCACCGUGCUCAAGAUCCGUGUGCUGAACCUGUACUACCUGGCACCUCAUCAUCAGACCAACGAGUACAGUCUCAUCUUCUCCGGCAUGCUGGUGUGCCGCCUCACUCCCGCCAUGUGCCUCAACUUCCUCAGCCUCGUGCAUAUGGACUCACAUGUCAUAAAGCAACGCAUUAUGGAGACUUACUACACACAGAUAAUGGGUCAUAUGGAUGUGCUGGGUAUAAUAGCGGAGGGGUUCAACAUCUACUUCCCAAUGCUGGUGGUGCUGCUUUGUGCCGCCACCUACCUCUCUCUUGGCAGCCGGUUGCUCUCCCUCUGCGGUUUCCAGCAGUUUGUGGGAGAUGAUGACCUCACCACAGACCUUGUUGAUGAGGGACGCGAGAUUGUUAAACGAGAGAAACGCAAGCGUCAACGUGCAGAAGAGUCUCUGUCGCGACGACGCGAUUACAGCGAGCGAUACAACUACCGCACACGCGAGCCACAGGACGGAGCCCACACCGGGCUAUUGAAUGACGUCGACUCAGAUUAUUACGUCACACCGAGUCCGGACCGAGUUGGCUCGUACCAGACGGAGUCGUACCGGGGAUUGAGCGCUCCGUACCAGCGCGCUGAGGUCCCGUACCAGGACAUCGACCAGAGAUUCGGUGACAGUACCCUGCCUUCUAUCAGAACAGAAUUCGAAGAUCGAAGGAGGGACAAAAUGACGAUGCCUCCUCGAGGUCUAUUCGAUGACGUUUAGUGAACUUUGUAAAUGUAAUGAGCAAGUUUUUUUUUAUGUACAAUUAGUUAUUAGGUAUAGAAUACUCUGCAAAAAUGUAAUCUUAUAAAAUUAUUCUUGCAUCAGAUGUAUGUAAUCUAGUAUAACGUGCAAUAUUUAAAAAAAAUGGUGAAACAAUUACGAUUUUCUAAAAAAAAAAUUUAAGAUGCAUUUAUAAACCAUAUAUAGGUCAAUAAAGGAACAUUUUGACAAAACAUUGUACCUUCUCCGAAAAAGUAUAAAUCAAUGACAAUAAACUAGUAAUUUAUCUU